ACCAACCACAAUUAGAAGACGACUAUUGGAAUCUUAACAUAACCUCUAAACAAUUUGUGGGUAAGGAUGCGAGCGGUUUCAAAUGGUUCGAAUGCGACAUUUUAUGUUCCCAUCAUAAAAACGUAUCGAGACUAGCAGGUAGAAGUUUGUCGGCAAAAAGAGGAUCGAAGCUAAUGAUAACAGGAGAAUUGGAAAUCAAUGAAAGUCAAAUAUAUUGUGAAAAGAUGAUGAUAAUGGAUAAAAACGACUCACCUUCACGUCGAUACAGAAAGUCGAAGCAAGUAAAAUCUGCAGAAAAAAGAUCCGAAGAACCUACAACACGUCAGUUCGCAACACCUCCUUCUCACAUUGAACCUACGUCACCGCCAUCCCCAGCGACUCUCACCUCGGACAACUCUGCAGCUGAAACUACAUCACCGUCCAAGGAAAAAAAAAAGCCAUCACGAAGGCAACCAUAG